UUUGAGUUAGGGAGACCUGGUUAACUGUGCCAUUACUUACUGUGGAGCCUUGGGUCAGUUGCUUAAUUGUUCUGGACCCCUAGUAUCUCAUAUUUAAAAUGGGGAUAUUAUAUGCCUACUUCAAGUGCUGCUUAUGGUCAUUGACAAAUGGGAAAGCACUUUGCACAGUAUUUGGCAUCUAGUGGGCACUUGAUAAAUAUUUCCCUUCCUAUCAUGUUGGCUUUUAGCCAACAUCACCUAGCCUUAGUGCCUAAUGAGUGAUGGCUCUGUUUAGCUAGCAUGGCUCUGUUUAGCUCUAUAUUUCCAUGGUGCCCUCAAUCCCAUGCUACUCUGAGAUUGACCAUAGGGGCCUCUCAGCACCACCUGGGUAAGGGGAGCCUACGAUGUGGCCAGAAACAGUAGUAACAUGGUCCCUGGACUAAUCUCUUCCCAGGACGAGAAGCUCACUGUGACCCAGGACCUCCCUGUGAACGAUGGAAAACCUCAGAUCGUCCACUUCCAGUAUGAGGUCACCGAGGUGAAGGUCUCUUCCUGGGAUGCAGUCCUGUCCAGCCAGAGCCUGUUUAUAGAAAUCCCAGAUGGAGUAUUAGCUGAUGGGAGCAAAGAAGGAUUGUUAGCACUGCUGGAGUUUGCGGAAGAGAAGAUGAAAGUGAACUACGUCUUCGUCUGCUUCAGGAAGGGCCGGGAAGACAGAGCUCCACUCCUGAAGACCUUCAGCUUCUUGGGCUUUGAGAUUGUACGUCCAGGCCAUCCCUGUGUACCCUCUCGGCCAGAUGUGAUGUUCAUGGUUUACCCGCUGGACCAGAACUUGUCCCAUGAGCACUAACGGUCAGAGGAUGCU